CCAUACGAAUGUAUUCCCGAUUAUUCUUCUGCCUUUCACAAUACUACUUCUAUUCGCAAGCAUUUGCAGUAUCUUACGGGCUUUGGACCUCACACUGCUGGCUCGAUAGCAAAUGAAGGUCCCAUUCGCUCUUACAUAUUGCAGGAAAUUUAUUCUGUAGCCAUCGAAGCUAAUUCAACUGGUUUUACUGCAUGGGUAGAUGAACAAACUUCUGAUUAUGGGCAAUUUUCCAUAAAGAAUAUUUAUCGCACAUACAAUAGGCUAAAAAAUUUGAUCCUUAAAAUAACUAUUCCUAGCACUUUUGAGGCUUCUCUUCUCAUCAACUGUCACUAUGAUUCGGCCUUGGGUAGUCCUGCCGCCUCUGAUGAUCUAGUCAGCUGUGCCUCUAUGAUCGAGGUUGCUCGUAAAUUUGCCCAACUUGAUGUUGCUCAAUUUACCGGUACAAAAUCGGUCACUAUUAUCUUUCUCUUCAAUGGUGCUGAAGAGAGCGCUUUGCUUGCCAGCCAUUCUUUUAUCACACAGCAUUCCUGGGCAAAAGAUAUCAAAGUUUUUAUUAAUCUUGAAGGAUCAGGCGGAGGUGGACGGGUUCACUUAUUUCAGGCCGGCCCUGAUCAGGGUGCUGUUGAAAUUCUCCUUGACGCAUAUUCUUCUACAUUUAAUCAUUUUGCUAAUUCCUUCUCCGAAUUCUUGUUUGCAAGCGGCAUGAUACCUUCAGAUACUGAUUUUAGGAUAUUUCGUGAUUAUGGAGGCAUUUCUGGCCUGGAUAUGGCAUACAUAUUAGAUGGCUAUGUUUAUCAUACGGUCAAUGAUGUUGAGGCACGUAUAUCUGAUUCCUGUCUGGCUCUGUCGGGUGAUAAUUUAUUUAAGCUAGCCAAAAGCGUUAUUCUCGAUAAAAGGCUCCAAGAUAUCACCAGUAACAAAAAAAGAUCUGACUCCCCUCUUAAUCUUAAAGCUGAUAAGUAUUCCCCAACAAACAAAAGAAGUUUUUUGACCAAACUGUACGCUCUUGCUAUAGCUGUUUUUCUUCAAAUUUCCUGCAUUCUCUUGAUUUUGGCUUUUGUCUUGACUAAUGCCUGGAUAAUUCAUUAUUUUGGAAUCCGACUAUCCUGGUAUGCAUUUCGCCACAAUUUAUUUGGAAUUUAUCUUCUGCCCUGUCUACUGACUCUUGCUGUCUUUUUUACCACGAAUUACGACGAUCUUUCGAUAAAAAAAUUUUCACGAUUCUUUGUUGAACUUGGUUGGCUUUGUGAAACUGGUUACUAUCUUUUUACUUACCAGCUUGGCUACGGGCCACAAGUAUAG